GGAUACUUGAUUUUCCUUUUCAUUGCAUCCUGUCAAUAUACUUCCAGCACAGUCUAUAGUGUUAAUUAAGUGUCAUUUCAAAAGACUGUUCAGACUGGCAGCAUUGUUUUGCUUCGGCAGGCCUGGGGGAUUGAAAUGGCUAGCCAGCUAAAUGUAAUAGAAACGUGGAUAUUUUAAGUCACAGUCUAAAUUUUUUCUUUUUUUGAGAGGUUUGAAUGACAGAGAAGUAUUUCUUAAUGCCUGACUAGUAUUAGUGCUGCUUAGGCACGAGGAUUAUUGGGCUAAUCUUGGGGACAGAGGAACAAGGUGCAGGGAGGUAAUGGAGGCUGUAUGACCAUAAUUGCCCCAUCUCCCCACAUCAUCCCAUGUGCAACUGUGCCUACUCUGAUAUGGAAUGCUGGGCAUCUUGGCAGAUAGAUUUCCUGAAAUCCCACCUAAUCCUACCUAAUUUCCCCUUCUGUUUUCAGAGCAGCCUCCCAUACAGUCAGCUUCUACUCAGAUUGCAGCUGAGGGCUGGAGGUUCAUUGGAGCCAGGAAGAGUCUUUCCUCUGACUUCGGUAGGGAGUAUCUAAACCACCUAGCAAAAACUCAGCAAACCUUUGAUGUGUUGUUCCCUUUUCUUUUGAGAAUGGUCAGCAGGGAACGAUAGUUUGGCAGACAGGAUCCUAGACUUAAACAUGGAAGAUUUAGACUGAAAUGCCAUCACAGCCAGAUUCCAAAUUACUUUAAGGCAAAAUAGCUGUGCUUCAGUUUCUUCUCUGUGAACAGAGAUAAUUAUUCCCUGCCCCACAGAAUGUGUAAGAAUAAAAUCCAUCACUGAUUUUAUACACUUUAAUAAUAAGUACCAAGUGUAGGCACUAAAAUAGACCAGAUUAAUUUAAUUUUGGUGAAAGUUUAAUUGCACAGCACUGGAAACACCUGAGAGCAUGUCUAAGUAGUAGCAUAACUGCAGCAGUGUUGAGGAUGAAGUAUGUUUUCCAGUGUAGGUAGAGACAUGAGAAUGGGAAACAAAAGAAGGAAAGGGAAAACACCUUGUAUAGAAAAGAAAGAGGAGAAAGGACAAAUGAAAGCAGAGAAUAGGUUGGAAAUGGAAGAUGAAGUGAUGUAUUUUCCAGGCUGCAGGGCAAAAUUCAAAUAUUUUAGAAUACAAAUGUAUCAAUUUGAUGUAUCAAAUUUCAUCAUUCUUGCAUAGAUCUUACAGCCACCUUCUGAAUUUGUAUGAAACAAGGUUGUCUAACUGAUGUCCUGAGAGAAUUUUGAUUUUAUUGGAGAAAUUACAGAAAGCAGCUAUACACCUUUCCUGCUGCUGAACUAUGAACAUUUGGCCCGAGGUGCAGGCGUGCCUGCUGCUGUGAAGCACUGACAGGCCAAGUCAGGAGAAGCCCAAGGCUGCUCAGGCAGAGUCAGAGAUGAAGUUCCAUGGAAGGCAUAACUGGUAGAGGGAACUUGCUGUUGACAGCUGCAGCUGAUAAAGGAAAUACCGUGUCACAUUCUGAUUUGAUUCAUGAGAAGCCAAAGAAAUUGCAAUAUUCUUCUGAGAAUGUUUUCUCUAUUGGCUAUGAUAAGAGUCUCUUCAGUUCAUUACUAUUACCCCCUCAAAUGAGGACUUGCCAUUAUUGCGGUCUGUUUGGAUCCCUCAGAUGUUCACAAUGCAAGCAAAUAUACUAUUGCUCUGCAGAUUGUCAGAAAAAGGAUUGGCCAGCACAUAGUGUUGUAUGCGAGCCAAUUAAAGAGAAUGUAAGUAGUAACAAUGGAGGCAAGUUACCUGCUGAAACUGAGAAGGGAGUUUAUCUUAAGGGUAAUUCAAUUUCUGUGGAUUCUCUCAAGACAGAAGGGCGCAUGAAGAAGAUAAUGCUUUCAGAUCUCCAGACUCUAGGGAUCAAAAAAGCUAUGGAAGUACAGGGUAUAGUAACAAAGUUCAAGAGUCCAAGUGAAUUUUAUAUACAGAUGAGUUCUCCAGAAGUUUUAGACCAGAUCAGUAAACUUUCUGUGAAACUACAAGACUGUUAUGCUAAUACAGUUAUUCAAGAGCAACAUAUUGCUAUCAAAGGGGAGGUCUGCGUUGCAAGGUGUUCUUUGGAUCAGACCUGGAAUAGAGCACUGGUAAAAGAUGUGGAUAUACUGCAAAAGAAAGCACAAGUAUUCUAUAUAGAUUAUGGAAAUGAAGAAAACAUUCCACUCUCCUGGAUUAAAGCUCUGCACGAAGACAUUGAACUGUUGCUUCCUCCAUGUGCCAUUAAGUGUUCCCUUGCGAAUUAUGAUCCAAAAGAAAAAGGAUGGAAUGAAGACAUCGCCCGCUUUUCUUCCCAACUCGUGGGAAAGCACUGUUCAGUAACUGUUGUUGAUGUAUUUGAGGAAGAAAUGAUGUUGAGUUUUGCUGUAGAUGUUGUUCUUCCAGAUUGUGGAGACUGCCUAGAUAAAGUGCCUUUAGAAAUGAGGUCUGAUUUAACUCCAGGAAGUAAUGUCAAAGGGGCAGACACUCCAAGAGACAACCAUUCUAAGGGAAGUAAACAAAAAAUACCUGAAGAUGAAGAAUUUCUUCACUGUGCUAAUUCAGUUGCAGAGUGUGUCUCUGUACGUAUCGGCGAUGCAUUUUCUGGUGUGGUUUCCUGUGUUCAAAAUCCAGAAGAAUUUUUCUGUCAGCAGAUACACAGUGCCCGUCAACUUGCUGAACUUCAGGUGUCUCUUAAUGAACAUUGUGACAGAUUUCCCAGUAGUCCAGCUUUCCGUCCUGCUGCUGGAAAUGUGUGCUGUGCCCAGUUCACAGAAGACAAUCUUUGGUAUCGUGCUGCUGUUAUAGCGUAUGUUUCUGAAGAUACUGUUUUGGCGGGCUACAUAGAUUAUGGUAAUUUUGAAGUCCUUCCACUGACUAGACUUCGUCCUAUGAUUCCAAGAUUAAUGGACUUGCCAGCUCAAGCCAUAAGAUGUACCUUGGCAGGUGUAAAGCCACCAGUAGGAGCCUGGACCUCAAAAGCUAUUUGUUUUAUGAAGCAACUGGUGAGAGACAAAGUGUUCACAGUGAAAGUAGUGGAUAAAGAGAGUUACAAAUCUGUGGUGGAGCUUGUAGAUGCAUCAGUUACUCCAGUAAUAAAUAUAUCAAGCCAUUUCAUAGAGAAAGGCUGUGCAGUUCAGGAAUUGAGGAUGGCCCUACCAGCAAUCGGAAUGAGUAAUGUUAAACAAGCAAAUGAGGACACGACAAACAAAAGAAUUUGCAAGUGGAGUAAAUUAAGUCUUAAACAAACAGUAGAUGUCGUAGUGUGUACGCUGUACAAUCCUGGAGAAUUCUACUGUCAGAUUUCAAAUAACAGUGAGUUACUAGCUCUAAACUUACUUAACAAAUCAUUGUCUGAAUACUGUCAGAAAACUCCACCAAAUGUUUUUAAGCCUGAGAAUGGAGAACCUUGUUGUGCUUUUUUCUCUGAUGAUGGUAACUGGUACCGUGCUUUGGUGCAAAACAUUACUUCAGAUGGAACUGUUAAAGUGUACUUUGUGGACUAUGGAAAUGUUGAGGAAGUACCACUGGAUAAAAUACGGCAGAUCUCAUCCUCAUUCCUAAAACUUCCAUUUCAAGGAAUUAAAUGCUGGCUCUCAGGUAUAAAGCCUGGUAAGAGCAAAUGGAUUCCAGAAGCUACAGCAAGAUUUCGUAUGUACACUGCAGGAAUAAAGCUUCAAGCCAGAGUAACUUCCCUUUCCAGAGAUGGGGCUGGUGUAGAGCUUAUUGACAAUUCCACCGGUCAUCCAAAAGUGAUCAAUGAGAUACUGACUUCUGAAAAAUUGGCUGUAAAGCAAGUUCUGCAAGAUAAAAAUAACUUUCCAAACAAGUCUGUUGACAAAAAAGAAAUGUCACUUGGGCACUGGAAGUUGAUUGAAUUGGCUAUAGAUGAAACCGUAUCUGUCUGUGUAACAGAAGUUGUAAGCCCAGACUUGUUCUAUGCUGUACCAGUUCAAACUAAAGAUCGAGAGAAGCUACAUAGGCAGUUGAUUGAACUAGAAGGCUAUUGUAAAUCUUGUAAGAACCAGCCCUUCAAACCAAAACUGGGUGAAGCCUGUUGUGCAAGGUUUUCAGGUGAUGGCCAUUGGUACAGAGCUCUUGUUCUAAAAGCUUCUCAGUCUGUAGUGAAAGUACUAUAUGCAGACUAUGGGAACACAGAAACUUUACCGCUUUCAGAGGUGCUGCCAAUCACUGAUUCCUACCUAAAGCUGCCUUUUCAGACAAUUAUAUGUUCACUUGCAGGAAUAGAGAAAGCUGAGUGGUCUCCAUUGUUCCUUGACAAGUUGAAAGAAAUGUUAUUGAAUAAAUAUGUCACAAUUACAGUGAAAGGGAUUAAUGGAAAUGUUACUUUAGUAACAGUGGAGAAACUUUGUGAAAAUAGUAGUCUGAAUGUAGCUGACAAACUGGUAAUGGAAGGUUUGGUCAAAUCCUGCAAUGCUGAAAAAUUACAUGCUGAACAUCAAGGCAAUGGAGGUGAGACCAAAUGCUGCUGCACAGAAUUAAAAAUGCAACUUAAAAAGCAUGAACAGAUCCUACUCUUCCUUUUAAACAAGUAUGGCAAUGCAGAUGGAUUCACUGAAAUGAAAAAACUGUUGGACCACUAAGUCUCUGACAUGUACAGUUUCAUUUGUAUGUAUACCAGGUUGCUGCCGUUCCUUUUUUGGAAGACCAAGUGUAUUCAUCAGCUUAAAAAUGAGAGUCGCUUUGUAGAAAUUCUGCUGUUUACGUAGCUGUAUUUGUCUGCAUGCUUGGAUUGUAACUGUGAAAUGAGUAUGUAACUCGAAGAAUUUCAAAGCUGCAAGCUAAAUUUUCUGUUCUGUUAUUGUGUUAUACCACUGUGUGCUGCUAAGCUUUUUUGCUUUUAUUUUGCUGUUGAACGCACAUAACUUUAUGGAAUGGCCAUUGCAUUGCGGGUCUAUUCUGCAAACUUACAUUUGAAAUUAUUGUGAUCGUAAAGCUUACUUCAACUUUGGUGCCAUUAAUUUUACUGGAAAAACUGUAUCUUAUCUUGAUUAGUCUUCUUUCAACUUAAUUUCUGGUCUGAAGUUAGACUGAAAAUUGUUCUUCAUAAACUUGGUUUCAGUAUCAUUAAAGGCUGAAUCUUGGACUGCAUAUAGGUAGUUCUCUCUAAAAUCAGUAAACACUUAAAUGUGCACCGUUCUUUAUAUACACUUACACUGUGUAAUACGCAUCUGUGAAUAUUGUUUUGAAGUAAAUUGUAUUACAGCUGUUUUGUCUGUAGCUACAUUGUCAGGAUUUCUACCCCAUCAAGUUUUUUCACAUCAUAAUAGAAAAGUCCUGUUCUGAGAUAUGACAAAAGUACUGAAUCAAAUUAUUAACGGAUUUUCAGUAUUUCUCUAAAAUGUAGUUGAUACUUAAUUGUCGUUUCUGACUAAUGCAGUGGCAGUGUUACUAAAGAGCCACAUUACUGUUCACAGAGCACAGUGGGUAUUUGGUUAUUGAAACUCAGGGUCAGCUUUUUUUGUCCACUUGAAGUAUCUAUUUUAAGUUUGGGCUUUGUGCAAAUUGGAAGGAUCUUGAGAGUAAACUUGUUGUGAAAGAGAAAUAUUUUUGUUUGACUUAAUGAUUUAUUACACUUAAAUUGCCUCAGA